AUGGAUCUCAACGUACCACCAUCCAAGCACUCUUUCAUGCUCCUCACCCCUUUCUACAUGACCACCGAAGAUGGCAACGAAAGAUGGGCCAUCGCAUUUAGCGCCAGAGAUGGUGUUUGGGUGUCGGCGGCCAUCUCCGUCACCAUGGGGCUCAUCUUCAUGCUGCUCUGGAAUAUUUUCAUCUUCUUCACUGUGUUGCUUCAGGACCAGCACUUUCGGCGAAGGUAUGCCGCCCUGGUCACGCUUUGGAACAGCAACGAUCCUUGGUCUGCCUUUAGGGAGAUGGUGGCCUACACGUGGCACUACUUUUCACCACCCCAAGAGCAACGAUAUGACCAAGAAAAGAUGACGGGUGUCUCCCCCCAGCCAGAGCCCGAGCCCGAGCAGGAGCCAGCUGCCCAAGUGGCAGCUCCGCCAUCAGACGAAAAGACUGCCCAAGCGACGGUUCUUCCAACCGACAAGCCCGAAUCUUCACAGCCAGACCCCCAACCCCCCAAGCCCAAGCCCAAGCCAUACCCGUACAAGGCCAGCUCGUGGAAAAAGGACUGUGCGUACGGUCUCUUGCUCGCCACUAUAGCUCUGACCGUGUUCGGGGUCGACAAAGCAAUGGGCGUCGUCGUGCCUGGCCUCGUGGUGCUCGGCGCCGUCGCGCCGGCAGACCAGGACUCGGUCUACUACCCAGUUCCGUCCGAGGGUGACACCGAUCCUGCCGGCAGCCUCCGAAACUUUGGCCUCAAGGCCCCUGCUGUCAUGCGCGCACUGGGUAGCGUAGAAGCUGCUGGUGCCACGUUCCGACGCAGGAUAGAGAUAGCGACCAAGGGCAUGGGGCAAUGGAACAACACCGAGUCCGUCCAGCAGGUGACGUACAGCUACAACGUCAGCGGGUACGAAUUCGGGCUGCAGCGAGGGUCCAUGCUCAAGCUUCAAGUCAAUGGCUCUUGCAGGACCGAGUACGGCUGGCUGCGCGAGGAACGGCCCACUGCCGACUUUUAUUCGUUAUGGGACGGCAAGCGCAACUUUUCCAUUCCCAUCGACAACACAAGUAUCGCCGACGCCCCCAAGGCCAGCUUCCUGAUCCCAGACGAUCGGGAUUCGGUCGUCGAGGCCGUGCGAACGGGAAACAUGACAUUUGUCAUCCUCAUCUGGUCGUCGCAUCGAGCCAGCAUCUCCAUGGGCUCAAAUCCAUGGUAUGCAACCGAACCGCGCGGCGCUGCCCCCAAAGCGCCUUAUCAGGCCGGCUUCUGGAUCAAGCGUAAGAGGCCCGUCCUCUCUUGCUGGCAAAAGGACACGUGGUCCUAUGGCGAUCAGACGGUCAACUCCAUCUACGAUCUCAAAAACAUCCCGGGCAUAAAGAUCGAGCAGGUUCUGCUCAAGGUCCUCGAGGCCGCCCUUGCGGUGCCGCUUGUCGUCAAGCUCGGCAACGCCAGUGGCGACUCGGCGCUGAGAUCGCGGACCACCAGUCCCAACGGAGUCAUCGACGCGGGCGCAUCCAGCAUCAAAAACGACAUGGAGCGCCUGGUCAUGGCCAGCUAUGUGGGGACCAAGAAUGUUUUUGUCGACACCACCAUGUACGAGUCCAACGCGGGCUGGCCAAACAUGCUACAGGACGCCAACGGCCAGGCGGCCGCAGGGGCCGGCAACUUUGUCAUCACAAGCCCGGAGGUCUUGACCUUUUCCUUGACCGGCCUGAUAGCUCUGGCGACCAUUUUCGUGUUUUUGCUGGUCACGGAGACGCUGAUCAGUGUGGGUGCCUCCAAGCUUCGGCGGAGCGGCAAUCUGAUCCAGUUCAAGGCCUUGACGGCGAUCCAGCUGUUCCGAAUUCUUUUUGAGCCCGCGGAUGCGAACAAGGUGGACAAGAGAUGGAGCUGCGAAGACCGGUUUCCUCAGGCGGAUGAUGUCAUGGAGUUCAAGCUCAGGGAGUGCGAAAAGUCAGGGUGCCGAGGGCAUAUCGAAGAGGAGAUCAAGCGACAGCAAACUUUGCAGGUUUGAACGGCAUUAUCCCAGAUACUCAGAUACUAGACUGUACUGAACCUACUAUCCACCACCGUAACCAGCGU